AUGAAGGUCCUCGGCCAUAAUCUGAAAAAGAAGAGCUUCCUGGAGGCUUCGCGCGCUUGCGAGCUGGCGGGGGAGUACGAGUGGGUCGACUGGCUGGAGGACGAGGCCGCGAAGGUCGGUUACGAGUUGGAUGAUCUCCCCAACAGUCUCGUCGGGGGCGACAUGUACUGA